AUGGAGAGGUGCCGGCCGCUGUGGGUUCGCUUGCAGCGGGGCGUGAGGUGCAGUCCGCGGCGGCUGCUGCGGCGGAGGGAAGGCAGACCGCUCUCGCACCCGCUCAUCCCGCGAUUACCGCGGGUCAUCUGCACAGCGCGCUGGCAUCUGCAGGUCCGAGCGCUGCCGCGGGAGAGGCCAAGACGGAAAAACGCGGGCGAGGCAAGAAAGUUGCCCCCUCCACCCGUGUACACCAUCGACGAGGACGAUGCGGACGAGGAGCUCGAGAAUCUCGCGAGCCGGUGGGUCGGGGAGGAGGGCGACGGAGGAGAGCAGGGUGUGGUGGAUGCGGUCGAACUGUUUAGCGGCGGGGAGAGCGCGGACGAGCAGGACGCAGACACCGUGGUCGUGCCCAGUGGGCCAACGGGGGGACAGGGUGACACAGUCAGCAAGCGCAAAGGCUGUGGUAUCCACCAUCCUCCCAGGGGCGGUCCUGGCUUGGUUUCUGAACCGCAUCUGGGGGGGAAGAAGCGGUGGCUUGGACAAGGCGAGCGCGACGACCUGCAGUAUAAAACCGCGAUCGCGAUGAUGCCGUACGACCUGAAGGUGGAUCCCGGGCUGCACCUCAGCUCUAAGCAGAUGAGGGAUUGGGCCGCGGACCUGUCCGCUGCCGAGGGGCUACACACGGGCCUCCUCAUCACCAUGCAUCACCGCAACCUCGUGGCCAGCAGGGAAAGGUGGACCCGCAUGUUCAAGCACUACCGCGAGCUGACCCAGCCCGGAUCGACCACCACCAACGAGAUUGCUUGGGCCGCGGUGGUGGGCACGGAGGCUGCAGCAGAAGAGACGGAGCUCUACCGCGAUGUGGAUCCGCGGGAUUACGCGGGAGCGAUCGCGUGCGCGAUCGCAAUGGUGUGGGAGGUGAUGCGCGGUUCGGCGGUCUCGACCGCGUCGGAUUCUGGCAAUUUGGCCGCGCGAGCGGUUAACUGCCAGAGGGAUCGAUGCCGUCUGUUCCCCGUUGUAACCGCGUACGUCAUCAGGGCUGUGCGGCGGCGCAAUUCUCGCGAGAAGCAAGCUGGUGACGACGAGCCGAAGGUAGUCGCGGAUCCGAGGGUGGUCGCGGACGCGAUUGCAUCUGAAGUCGUGAACGACGUCGUCGCCAAGUCUCGCGACCUCAGGCACAUUGAGAUGGCUGCUCGCGAAACGGUGGACGUUAUCAUCAUCUGGUGCGACUGCUCGGUUGCGGGGAAGGUCAUGGAGUCCAUUGGGCUUUACCUUGCCCUGCCCAAGGAUCGUCUUAAGAAGCGGACUUGA